AUGCUCCCAGCGAUAGCGGCAUCCGACAGCAGCACCGAGACGUCGGCGGCGGCGAGCGGCGGAGCAGCGGAGUAUCUGGAGGUGUUGAUAGAGUCGGACGCGGGUGUGAGCUAUGAUCACCUUCAGGACAAGCUCGCCGCGGGGCAAUGGGAGGAGGCGGACAACGAGACGCGGCGGCUGGUGUGCGUGCUAGCCGGCGAGGCCGCUGCGAAGCGCAAGUGGGUGUACUUCACGGAGUGGAAGCCGCUGUUCCUGCAGAUCGGGUGGACGUACGGCCCCAACAGCACGUACAAGAAGUUCCCCAUGGAAUUCUCGUGGGAACUGGACGCGCCCGUGGGUCACCUGCCGCUGACGAACGCCCUGCGAGGCACGCAGCUGAUUGAGAAGCUGUUCACGCAUCCCGCGAUGGCCGUGUUCGACGCCGACGAGACGAUGCCGGACCUCGACACCGUGCCCAGUUUCGUCGCCGCGGAGCCGGAGAAGGGCGCCACCAGUCCCACCAGCAGUGGAGCCGUGGGAGGUACGACGUUUGACGAAGGCUUCAACAGCGCCGACUACGGGUUUUAA